CUAAAACCCUCUCUCUCUCUCUCUCUCACUCUCUCUCUCUCAUUUUCCCUCUUGAAGCAAAGCUUUGAAAAGGAAAAUGAGCAGCGCUGUCCGGUUCUGACAAAAAAGCCGCGCGACUGAGUCUCAUUCUCCGGAUCCUCCCCAAUCUUCAGAAGAUUUUCUUCCUCCUCCUCCCUUGUCUCCCUCCCUCGCCCGUAAGCCCCGAAGAGUAUGUCCUCGACGCUCUUUCGACAGCGGACUUCACUACUGGAUUUGAACAGGGAGGGUCCUUACGGGGUCCAGCAGAGAGAGAUGUUGAAGCAGCUGGACAAGGGAGAGGAGAGAGAAGGAGAGAGUGGCGUUGGUGAUUUUUGUGCUAUUUCCAAGACGGAGAUGCAGUCAUCUCCUCCUCCUUCACUGCCCUCAAGAAGCUCCACCACCACAACCCCCACGCCUUCAUGGCUCCUCUCCUCCAUUGCAGAUCUGGAUGAAAAAAUGGAAGCUGCACUCGGGGACCCUGACGAGGACGGAAGCGGCGACACGCUGGUGAAACGUGCCGAAUCCUACUACCAGAAGCGUCCUCAGCUCAUCGCGCUGCUUCAAGAUCUGUACAAGUCCUAUCUCUACCUAUCCGAUCGUUACAUCCGAGCCCUCUCCAGAAACAAGAAUCGCACUCACGCCCGACAGUCCUCGCAUGUGUCCGCCCUAACCGACCACGACUACUUCGAGAAUGACAAGGAAGAGGACUGCUGGGCGGUCCAGAUUGAUUCCUCAGAUGCUGAGAGCUCGCUCUCAUACCAGAAUCCCCUUCCACUGGCCAAUCUUGGCUAUGUAGCGUGUCUUGAUGCCUUAGUAGCUGACCUUGUGAUCAAGAACGUGGAGUGCGAGAUCCUCUUGGAUGAGGUGUCCAUCUCCGAGCAACGAUGCAACGACUCGUCGAGGAAGAUUGAGCUGCAGAAGAGCCUCCUCGAGGUCCUAGAGUCCGAGAGGAUGAUAUUGCUCCACGAGAAUGCGAGGUUGGGGUACAGAGUGAGCGUGCUGGUGGAGGAGAACUGCGAGCUGGCUUCGGAGUCCGUCUUUGUCAAGAGGAAGGCGGGUGAGUUGGCCCAGUGCAUGAUGAAGAUGAGGGAGGACCAGAGGGUGUUGCUCCUGAGCCGCAAGAUUGAGGACCUUCAGGGGCAGAUAUAUGGCUUGGAGAAGCGGAACAAGGAGUACUACGAGCAGCUUGUGAAGAGGGAUCAAGAGGAUCACAAGAUCGAUGCUAAGAAGAAGAAGAAUGGCGGCGAAGUAACUCUGGAGGCUUGCCUUCCAAUCGGGAAGGUCAAGUUGAUGAAGAAUGGCAACGAGAGUGUGAAGGGUGAUGGCGAGAAGAGGGUGACCAAGUGGUGGGAGAGGGUGAAGAACAUGGACAUAUUCAUGUGCGGGAUGCAGACAGAUAUCAGCUAAAGUUGAUGCACGCCUUUUGCUAUCUUUGUUCAGCCGAAGUGAGAUGAAACUAUAGCAUCAUCAAUAGUUCUGGACUUGCCCACGGUUAUGUGUUGCUUU